AUGGCGUGGCCGAUCGACUCUACUGUGAAGCUCAUGCUCGGUAUUCUAGGCAAUGUGACGGCUCUCGCUCUCUUCCUUUCCCCUGUCAAGACCAUGCGCACGAUCUUUCUCGCGCGGUCAGUCGGAGACUUUUCGGAGCUGCCCUACGUGGUGACGCUGUUCAACUGCCUGCUAUGGACGACGUACGGGCUGCCCGUGGUGGAGUCCGGGCGAGUGCUGGUGUCCACUGUCAACGGCACUGGCGCCUUUCUUGCUGCGCUCUACAUCACCCCCUUCCUCGCUCUCGGCACCAAGCGUACCAAGAUCCGCACAGCAGUGUCAGUGGGCGUGGUGCUGCUGCUCUUCGGUGCCAUUCUCCUCACCACCUUCCUGGCCUUCUACACGCCGGCUACGCGCAGCAGCUUCCUGGGAAUCUGCGCCGUGGUGGUGACGAUAGGCAUGUAUGCCAGCCCACUCGAUAUCAUGCGCACUGUUGUGCGCACCAAGAGCGUUGAGUUCAUGCCGCUGCUGCUCUCGCUCUGCUGCCUCCUCAAUGGCCUCGCCUGGACAGCAUAUGGAGUAUACACCAUGGACAUUUAUAUCAUUAUACCUAACUCCAUUGGUUCAGUUUUAGGGACGGCACAACUCAUACUAUACGGCAUGUACUGUAAAGCUGACAAGUCAGGAGCAGGUCUGGGUGCAGACAGCAAGGAGCAACGGAAGAGGAGGGGUGGUGCUGGGGUGUGGAGAAGAGGAGGGUCAGAUAGCACAAGACAGAUGUUGGGAUCGAGCAAUUCCCUUAGUCUCUCAAAAGAUGCAAUCACUCCGGAAGAGAUGGUGGUGGUGGAAGAGGAGGGAGAUGAGGAGACUGGUGGAGGGAAAGGGGAAAGGAUAGGGGAUGUAGGUGAUACGGGAAAAGGUGCGUAUGAAAAUGGACCUGCCAUUUAG